AAAGCCCUAAAACACAAACAGAUCUCCGGCGACAUGCCCGGUCUUCUUACAGUCUACCAUCCUUCCGGCCAUGACGAAUCUUCCGCCCUCGUUCAGUUUUCUUCCGACUCCAACACUCCUAUAGUCUAUUCUCUCCACCACGGCCUUAAAUCUCCAAUUGCACCUCGUCUAUCCAUCUCUUGGUCUCGUGGUAACUCCCUACGCGUCUCGGUUUUCCGUUCACCUGAGACAACUGAAACCGUUCUUGAUGAAGUUGAAGUUGGAGGGAAAGUGGUGGAGUUGAAGCUAAGUGGUGAAUAUGUAGAUAGUGAAAUCAACGAUGCUGCGCGGUGGCGUAGAAUAGCAUAUGGAUCAGUGUCUCCAUUUGCGCAUCUUCAGAAUAAGAAAAACGCCAUGGCAGCAUUGUCGGAGUUGCGGCAUUCAGCUCCUUACGACGUGGAUUGGUCAAAAUAUGUUCUCGAGUACAGCAAGGAAAUAAAUUCUCUUCUAGGAAGCAGGGGAUCUAGUCCUACAUCAUUAAUUGAAGAUCCAAAGACAGUAUUAGAGAAUGUCGAGGAGCCAAGCAGUUUGAAAGCUGCAUGGGAGCUGCUGGAAAUAUUUUAUGCUGACAAGCAAUCUCAGGCUUGGAUCCCCGAACAGCUUGUUGAUUGGUUAGCUGAUUAUGAUAGCCUGUUCUCUGAACAAGUGCCAAGUGUCCAUUUGAGACUGGUCGAGUUUCAAGCAGAACUUAUUAAUAUACAGGCAGUUGAAGAUGAGCCUGCAUAUUGGCAAGCAAUUUCUUCAGCACUUGCAGUUGGCUGGCUAGACAUUGUGGUGAAAUUGUUGCGCUUGCAUGGAUCUUAUCAGCUUAAUCAGCUAGGGAAUCGUGAGACAGAGAAUGGACUUGUAGAAGCAGUUGCCGUUCUAAUAUCAAAAAUGCCACGCAUGCGUGCGCAUCUACCAGAUGGAAAGUUAGGCGAAUGCUAUUAUAACAAGUCCGAUUUUAUCAAGGCAUGGGAGAAAUGGCGAGCGCAAAUAACCAAAUUGGAUUGCAGUGCAUUCUGGCUUCAAUGCAGUCAUAAUCAUACUAGAGAGAACCUGAAACUUUUGCUUCAAAUCAUGUUGGGAAACACUGGUACUCUGUCUAGUGCCACUUUUCAUUGGGUAGAGCUAUAUAUUGCUCACUUUCUAUAUAUCAGUCCCUUUACUUCGGGUUUAGAAAGCAUGCAUGCCCUAGCUCAGAAAUGCAUGCAACUAAAACCUACAUCUAGUCCCCAUAAGCUGAUGAGACUUAUAAUUGGGAUUCUUGGAGAAAAUACAGAGGUUGUAUUGGCCGAGUGCUCAAGAUCAUUUGGUUCCUGGAUGAUUGCCCAUGCUACAGAGUUGUUGACGGCUGGGAGUAUUCAAGCAGAAAUUCUUUUGAAGGAAGAACGUCAUAAUCUAGGGGGAGUUAGCAUAGAAGAAUCCCAUCGACUUGUUUAUGCUCAAGUGCUAUCUUCUCAUGCGCUCACCUGGCAAAUCGCUCCAAUAUAUUUAAUAUCUUGUGUGAAGCAUGGAGUUGGCUUGUUGGAAAUCUUGUUGUACAAGCAACCCGUGUAUCAUAGUCAAGUUCUGCUCAAGAACAUUGAGAUAUGCCGCCUGUAUGAUCUUGAUAGCGUGAGUGCAAAUGCCAUGAAGAUUGCUGGAGUGCAUCACUGGAAGCAUGGUAGGAAUGGUGCCGGAGUCUUUUGGCUACAGCAGGCUGGGGAUGAAGUUCGCCUCAAUCGAAUUGCUCAGAAGUUGUUCGAUUUUGUUGGGAAAUCCAUCUCCGAUGAGAGUUUUGAGCAAUGGGAAGGAUUAAUCGAAUUGUUGGGCUCUGAAUCUAGAACUGCAGCGGGUCUUGAGUUUUUGCACAAAUAUAGGGACUUCAAGAAAUCUCUGCAGCAGGUCCAAGAUGGCAUUCUUACUGAUGCUGCUAGAAAAGCUGGUGAAGCCCUUAUAUUGCUUAUGAAAAAUCCUUCUACUCCCCAACGUUUUUGGCUGCCUCUUCUGUAUGAUUCGUUGAAGUUGCUCAACUGGCAAGGGCGUCCGUUGCUAAAUGUAUCUCAGACUAACCUGCUGUUAAAUAAAUUACAAGAAUUGUCAGUGGCAAGGCUGCGUCCUGAUUUUGUUGAGGUGGGGAUGCCAGCAGGGGCCCUGAGUUCGGUUAGGGUGGCUCUUGCCACUAAUUUAGGACGCGCCAUCCUUGAGGAAUGAUGUGUGGUGACUACACAGAACUUAUACUGAUAAAGUGAAAUAUAGAUGGCAAAAUGGAGGCAGAUAUGGUGUUGGAUGGUGGUGUAAGUUUGGUUGCUGCUUCAAAUACAAGUUCCUAGGACCAUCUGCUGUGGCUUUUGUAACAUGUAUAUAUGUAUGGAGUUGUGUUUGAUAUGAAGAGUCUGUUUGAAGCUCAAUAUCUUUGUAGCAAUUUUACACCAUUUAUUUGGGUUAAGAACAUGCAUUCUAGAAUGUAGCUGAGGUUGGCAAAUUAGACUGGUUAAAGGGACAGGAUCGGACCUGGACUGAUUAUAAAAGGACCAGUCCAAAUUUGUA